AUGAGCGCAGGUAAUGAUGGGGAUUUAGCGCCAGAAGGAAGCCGGAAGCCGGCGCUUGGGCCCUCGGAGGCCUAGUUGUAGUCAUGGCAACCGACUCCACUCCUCCACCAGCCAGUUUUUAUAGUCCUGUAGACUCUUGAGUGUUAAGACUCUUGACUGACAUGAGUUUGACCAAACUGCGGGAGGCAGUGGAAGACAGGAGUGCCUGGCGUGCUCUGGUCCAUGGGGUCACGAAGAGUCGGACACGACUAAACGACCGAACAACAACAGAUGACAGGACUCUUGGAACUGAUCUCAGAAAGUUGAGAGAAAAAUUGUUAGAACGAUUAUACCUUAGAACUAUUUUUAAAAGUAUACAGACUAAACCAGCUGCAGCCCCUAACUCAAUAUACCUAGGAAUAAACCCGAUUGAAUUCAAUGGGACUUCUGAGCAAUGGUGGUUAGAAGUUCAUAGGAGGAAGUUUCAUUGAACUCAGUGGGGCUUCCAUGCACAAAAUUGCACUUUUAGGACAGGAGUAAAGCCCGUUGAGACUUCAUGUGGGAUCAGUGCUCAAAAUAGCCAAAUAUGUAAAGGUAAAGGACCCCUGGACUGUUAAGUCCAGUCAAAGGUGACUGGGAUGUGGUGCUCAUCUUACUUGCAGGCCGAGAGUGCCGGCAUUUGUCCACAGCUUUCUUGGUCAUGUGGCCAACAGGACUAAACCGCUUCUGCUGCAAUGGGACACCGUGACGGAAACCAGAGCGCACGGAAAAGCUGUUUAACUUCCCAUCGCAACGGUACCCAUUUAUCUACUUGCACUGGUGUGCUUUUGAAUUGCUAGGCUGGCAAGAGCUGGGACAGACCAAUGGGAGCUAACCCCGUUGUGGGAAUUCAAAUCACUGACCUUCUGAUCGGCAAGCCCAAGAGGCUCAGUGGUUUAGACCACAGCACCACCCACAUCCCCUAGCCAAAUAAUGCAGAUAUGGGAUUAGGCCUCCAGAAAGACAGGAAUUGAGCUGGUAGCUUGUCUGAAGGCUAUUUGCAUGUCCCAAGGGAGGUAUUUUACAGCAUAGGUGUUGCCAUGGAAAAGGCCUUGCCGCUAACCUUUUAUAACAGCAGGUCCAGAACAGCUUCAGGAGAACAAGAAAGGCCCUGCUGAAUGAGGCCAAAGCAGGAAGGGGAUGGGGGGCUAGUCCAGCACCCUGUUCUUAUAGUGGCCAACCAGAUUCACCAAAGAGAAGCCCACAAGCAGCCCCUGAAUUAUUAUGUACCUCUUGCAUGCCAAAAUGGUUUCUAUGCAGUUUAGAAGUAUAAAAUCCAUUAUUAAUAAAUAUAGUCCAUACAUAAUUAAAAUGCAUAAUAAAAUGCAACUGCCCUCUCCCCACUUGCAAUUCCAAGCAAUUUGUAUGCAGCAGUGUACUCAGAGGAGAACUUUCGGGAAUGGAGCAGCUGAACAGGAAUGGCUGGUCACUGGCAACACGCAGGAAUGUCACAAUAGUUUGGUAAAUGGGCUGUGCAUACUGGAAAGCGGAGCUGCAGGGCAGGUGGAAGUAAAUUGAGGAGAUGCUGGGAGUGCAAAAAUGCCAAGAUUCUGCCUCAGCUGUGUGUGCAUGCCCUAGGCUAGGGACAAGCACUGCCAGUAUUUUUGGAGGAGGAGGAGGUACUGUAACAGCUUGUAGGCUAGGUGGAACUCCGAAUUCCAAGCUGAGAAGAGCCUGCCUGUUCUGAUCUCCAUUAACCACAUGGAUCCAUUGAUGCAAUUCAAAGGGAGUGACAUGAAGUAGCAAGUAGCAAGACAUCAAGAAUGGAAUUGCAAGAAUCAUAUCCGAGGCAACUCUAGAUCUUUCAGUGUGCAGGUAAUGCUGCUUAGUAGGACUCAGUGGGGCGGAGAGACACCAAUUUCAGUUUGCCCCAGAGCAAUAACAACAGAAAUCUGAGGGCGGACACAAUGAUAGCCUUACACAUGCACAUUUUCACAACUAGCCUGAGUUCCGUGAUAUUACAUACCUGUGAUUUGCCUUGAAUCCCACCAUAUUAGAUAAUUAUCAGCCAAUUUCCAACAUCCCAUUUUGGGGCUAGGCACGGUGGCAUCUCAGCUUUAGGGGUUUCUCAAGGAGACAUUAUCCAGAUUCACUUCAAUCUGAUUUCAGGCUUUGUUAUGAGAUGAGACUGCUUUUGUCACCUUGGUGAAUGACUUAUGCUGGGAAUUGGAUAGAGGGUGUCCCUGUUGGUUCUGCUGGAUCUCUCAGUGGCCUUCAAUUCCAUUGAGUAUUGUGUCCUUCUGGGCCACCUUGCUGGAAUGGCACUUGGAGGCACUGUUUUACAGUGGCUCCUUUCCUUCUUGGAGGGGUGAACCCAGAAAAUGGCGCUGGGGGACUCCUGUUUGACAUCUUGGUAGCUUGCCUGCAUCUUGGUAGCUUGCCUCAGGGUUGUGUUCAGUCCCCCAUGCUAAUUAACAUCCACAUGAAACCACUGGGAGAGGUGGUCUGAAGUUUCGGGGUUCGGUGUCACCAGUGCGCUGAUGAUACCCUGCUCUAAAUCCAAGGAAGCUGUCUCAGUUCCAAACCAGUGUUUGCUAUCAAUAAUGGCCUGGAUGGGAGUAAACAAAUUUAAACUUAAUCCAGACAAGACGGAGGUGCUCUUGGUCGUUUGGAAGGCAGACCAGGGAAUAGGGAUUCAGCCUGUGCUAGAUGAGGUAGUGUUCCCCCUGAAUACACAGGCUUGCAGUUUGGGUGUGCCGGACUCAGUUCGGAGCCUGGAUGCCCAGGUCGCUGUGUUGGCCAGGAGUGCAUUUGCACAGUUAAAGCUAGUGCGCCAGCUGUGCCUGUUUCUCCAGAUGCCUGAUUUGGCCACAGUGACACAGACCUUAGUUCCAUCCCAUUUGGAUUGCUGUAAUGUGGGGCUGCCUUUAAAAAGUGCUCAGAAACUUCAAAUUAGCUCAGAGAGCUGUAGACAGAUUGUUGACUGGCACUGGUCUGCAGCUCCACUGCCUACUGGUCUGUUUUCUGACACAAUUCAAAAUGCUGGUUAUGACCUGUAAAGCCCUGCAUGACUUUGGUCCAAGCUAUCCGAAUGACCAUAUUCCUUCAUAAAAACAUGCUGAGACUCAGAGAUUUUGGGGGGAGUCCCUUCUCACAUGCACAUUUGGUAGGGAUGCGGGAGAGAGCCUUCUCUGUGGCUGCUUCCAGACUUGGCAAAUCCCUAGAUGUUAGACAGUACAUCAGGCUCCCUCCUUGUUGUCCUCCUUGUUUCCUUCUGCUUUUAAUGAGGAGGCUGGUGUCUUGCUGUUUUUGUUGUGAUUUUCUGUAUGUUUUAAAUAGAUCUUAUACAGUUUUAAUUUUAUUAAUACUUAAUUGUUUUUCAAUGAUUGUUGCCCCCCCACAAUAUGUUUUAGCUGUUCUUAUUUUAUCAGUAAAAUGCAGGAUAUGAAUAAAUAUAUUCCAAUAGUUCUUAUUAUAGUUCAAACACAGAUUUAAGCAAGCUCAGAGGAAAACAUAAGCCCCCAUUUAUGAUAGUAUUUUUCUCAGGCGACAAAAUAAUUUCUUUCCACCAUCUCUGAAAAGAAAAGCCGUAUAACAAAUUGACAGGCUGGGUAUAGAUUUCCCCUGUGUUUCAGUUUGGAUGUUUUUGGUUUGUUCAUCACUAGUUAAUAGCCAAAGGAAAAAGUAUUUGCUACUGUAGCUUCUGACAUAAAUUUCAUAAAAAAUUAAAUUGCCGGAAAACCGAAACCCUGGAGAGGUACUGGAAAAGCCCCCAACUGAUUCACAUCAAGGUGAUCUCUCUCCUGCUUUUCUUGAUAGCUUACGGCCACUUUGCAGUCUGCAAACUCUUAUUAAAGUAAGAUGCCAGUUUGCAGACUUAGUGCAGAAAGUAUUGAUCUGAUGUGUAGAGAUCUUUCCUAUUCUGAUUAAUUCAAGAGGGUUCUGGAAGCUUCUCUGAGAAAGAAACAAGCAGAAGGUUCAUGAUGUUUGGGUUAUUCCUUCUGUGCUGCGAGUUCGGGGGUGACCGAUCCAGCGAGACACUAAGGCAGCUGGCCGGCUCCGCCCUCCUGCACACCUAGGACUGGGCAAUCGGGGGGGGGGGGCGCCAGGCAGAUCUUUGCAGCCUGGUGCCACAUAUGCUUAAGACAGCCCUGGAUGGAGCCUCUAUUUUUACACAUACUAAACAGUGGAUAGCAGUGGAAUGAUACUGCAAUCCUAUACAUGUCUACUCAGUGAUAAGACCCACCCCCCUAUGUUCCUGCCACUGGGAAAAGAUCAGGAUAAAAUAUAUUGUACAUCAAGAGGAUUAUGAUCAAUUAACCACCCUUCACCCUAAGGUCCUAGGACUGGUUAGAACAUUAAAACACAAUUUCAAAAAAGUUUAAAACAACUCACAAUAACAAAACUAAGGUGGGUCCUGAAAAUAUGCACCUCAAGUGCCAAAGGCAUAUUCAACAUCCACUGGAAGCUGCAUAACGAAGGUGUCAGAUGCACCUUUAUGAGGAGGGAGUUCCACAUUAGGGAAAUGGUGCCUUGUGAUGUCUUUUUAUUUAUUUGCACCCCAUCUUUCUGCAGCGGAAUUCAAGCCAGCCUCACACAGGGCCCCCAGACAGGUCUCCCAUCCAGGCACUGAUCAGACCCAGGCCUGCUUAGCAUCAGCGAAGGUGUUGCUGUGGCAGGUACUUUCAAACAAUGCACUUCUCUCCCUGCUUCAACAGACAAGGUGAUCCAUAGGCUAACUCAAGCCCAAUCAGGCCCUUCUUCCGGUGAACUUAUUCGGUUCUUUUGGGGGGGGGGCAGCCAAUUAAGAAGGAAGGGAAGUUGGGAGGUGAGAGUGGAAAGUGAAGCAGUGCACUUAAUGCUUCCUUCAGUGACAUUCUGGUUUCAAAGAGGUGUUUGAUCUUUGACUUUUCAGACUCUCCAGUAAAUUAUUCAGCAGCAUUUCCAAAGUCUGCAGGGAAUGCCCUAAAAGCUGAGUCGCUUUAGUGAAAGGAAGCCUCCACAAGAGCCAAAGCAUUUGUAAUGAAUGCAGGAGAGUGUUCCCUAAUGUACCUUUUCAUUCAAUUUGGGCAGCCGGUACUCAAAAUGCACAGAUUGGGUGCUUGGUGGCGCUGUGGAGUUAUAAAUCCCACUCAAUCGCUCCAUGCCCUCUGCAGAUUUCGGAAGAAAGGCUUUAGCAAUCACUUGUUCAAGGCAUGUUGUUGUUUUUAAUCAAGCAAGCAAGCAACCUCCAAAGAAGAUGGUCCUAAAGCAGUCUUGCAUAGCCUAGUAUGUGCAGCAAAACAUAUGUCAUAUUGGGAUGUGGGAACUGGCUCAAGUUCGCAGAAGCAAGCCCCUCCAGGUUUGCUCAGAUCCUGGUACAAAGUUAGUCAAAGCACACUCAUCCCCAGAAGGAGGGAGACCUACAGCGAGGCAGAUUUAGGACCCCAGUGAAGGUGGCAGAGUUGCAGGCUUAAAAAAAAAUACCUUCCAGGUAUCAGGCAUCCAUUGUUAGAAGUCCAUGGCCCCACAGCCCAGCCCCUACACAAAUGACAGCCUAAAUAACAGCAUUUUAUGGGGACAGCAGCAGACAGACCUGGCACCAGCACCUCUUCUGACAUAGACACUCGGGAGCUACUCCUGGUCACUAGAACAUCAUUUCUGACAUAUUUUAAAAUUAUGAAAGCAACCAAGCAUGUACACAGGAGCACAGGAGGUUGUUUUUUACUGAAUCAGACCUUUUGUUCACCUAGAUCUGUAUUGUUACAAAAGUUGGGUGCCUUCCCCUCUCUGCUGAGCGGUAGCAAGAGGCCAUGGGGUUUCCGACAUUCACCAAGGGUCUGUGUUCCUUUGGAGAACUGAGACACAGCGGAGACUGUCGUAGCUUUAAGAAAUAUGGUUUAUUCACCUAUUUACACCUUCAUUCUUCAUGGAGGGAGUCCAGAUCUUACAGCAUGGUCCUUUCAAGUGGGGCUUGUCCCCUAUAGCAGUGCAGCCAGCCUUCAGCCAUCCUGCCCAAGAUGGAGCCCAGUCUUUUUUCUUCCUUCUUCUUCCCAGAACACCCUGCUGAGGAACUCUCUUUUCCUGUCACCUCACACUCAGUUACUUACAAACUCCCCUUCUCUGUUCACACCUCAGGGCAAGGGGGUGCCCUGCAUUUCCUUGCGUUUCCAAUGGCACUCAGUUGCCCUGUAUUGUUUCUUAAUGACCCUGGCUUGACUAGGUCAUUUUGCACAGGCAGCUUCUAUUUCUCCCUUCACAUUCCAAAUUCCACAUUUAUUAAUUUAUAGGGUUUAGUGGGAUCCCACCCCCCAAAAAAUCUGUAACAGUUUUGUCUACAAUAACCGGCAGUGACUCUCCUGCUCUCAUAGGGCUAGAACUUGUGGACAUCCAAUUAUGCUGAAUGUUGGAAGAUUGACAAAAGAAAGGACUGCUUCACCCUAGAGAAGGCAGUGAUGGCUACCAACUUGGAUGACUCUAAAAAGAGGAUUAGACAAAGUUAUGGAGGAGAAGGCUAUCCAUGGCUACUAGCUCUGGUGCCUAUGUGUUACCUCCAUGGUCAGAAUCAGUUAUGCUUCUGAUUUCCAGUUGCUGGAAACCACAGGAGGGGACAUUGCUUUUGUGCUUGGAUUCUGGUUGCUGGUUUACUAGAGGCAUCUGAUUGGGCACUGUGAGGACAGGAUGCUGGACUAGAUGGGCCAUUGGCCUGAUCCAGCAGGCUCUUCCUAUGUUCUGCUGCCCCUUUGCCAGUGUUGAAAUAAGGCUCAGCUGCCCGUGUCGCCAGUUUCUCCGCGUGGAACGAAGGUGGCACCAUCUCAGGCAGCAAAAAAUCUCAGGCCGGCUGGCCAGAGGCAGGCCUUGUUAGGGCUCAUUUGCACUGAUUACAGCCAAUCCUCACUAAUCCCUGAAGAUUUCUCAGUUUAAGCUGUGACUAGUCCAGGUCGGCCACAGGGCUUUGAAGCACUUAAACGCGGCUGGGGUGACAGGUCAGUGGAACAAGUUAUUAGCUGAGAAAGGGAAAUUAAGCCCCUGCGGUCCCCCAGGGUGAAGGAGCAGCUCAACAUGUGUUAUGUAGGACUGUUACUUGAUGAAUAUUUUCGUGCUGUUUUUGUGUUAAAUCAGUGAUGUGAUUCUGUUGUUCAUCCUUUGCAAUACCCAGAGCUCUUUAAGGGCGAUGCAUAAAUAAAAUUAAUAAUAAUAACAGCAGCAGGAACAACUUUGCAGCUGAAACAAAGCUCUUCCAUUGCCCUCUCAAUAAUGGUCCACAUUUUAACAUAAUAGUCUCUCUUGGGGAAGUGCCAUAGCUCAGUGGUAGAGCAUCUGCACUGCAGAAGGUCCCAAUUCCCAAUGGCAGGUAGGGCUCCUUGCCCAAAAUCCCAAAGAACCACUGCCAAUCAGCAUAGAAAGUACUGAGCUGAAUGGACCAGCUGUAUAAGGCAGCUUCCUGUGAAGUCUUAAGUAGCCAAAUUACCUGCCAGCAACUUGGGAGCUGUAAACGGGUUGCCACCUUUUCAGUGGGUCACUGCAGCUGUGCUUUGAACAGCAGCUUAAUAUGUGGGCAUCAGUAAUAAGUGAUGGUGUUUCUCUCUGUUGUUUUUCGAUGCCUAAAUUGUCUGUGUCCCUGUGAAUGGGAGCCAAGCCCAUCACAGCCUAUCAACUUAAGGAAGAGGUGGUGGAACUGAUGCUGGGAUUCACCAGGAGAGCGACCAAGUCUGCAACAGAGCUUGUCAGCGAUGUAGCCUCCUGCAUAGACUACUAGACAAUGUGUUCCUGUGCAUGCUGCUGGAAUACAACGCUCAUGAUCCCUGACCAUUGGCCACGCAGGAGGCUGGGGAUUCGGGGUACAGCAACCAAACCUGCAGGGUCACAGUGAGUGAGCCAGUGUGGUGUAGUGGUUAAGAGCGGUAGACUCGUAAUCUGGUGAACCGGGUUCGCUUCCCCGCUCCUUCACAUGCAGCUGCUGGGUGACCUUGGGCUAGUCACACUUCUCUGAAGUCUCUCAGCCUCACUCACCUCACAGAGUGUUUGUUGUGGGGAAGGAAGGGAAAGGAGAAUGUUAGUUGCUUUGAGACUCCUUCGGGUAGUGAUAAAGCGGGAUAUCAAAUCCAAACUCUUCUUCUUCUUCAAAUGCUGCCAGUCACUCUGAAUGUUAAACUAUCAGCACUGCACACUCCACAGCACCUCUGUAUCCUGUUUAUUGCUAACAUGCUUAGCCACCGCAACGCCUUAGCUGCUCUGGAUUUGUGCUAGUGACCUACAAGUGAAAGGCUCAGAGGCCUCUGUUCCUGAUCUUGCAACACUGUGGUUAAAUCAGCAUGAGUCAUAGAAUCAUAGCUGAAAGCCAUCUCAAAAGUUAGCCCUCUACCAGAACUGGACAUUUUAUUUUAGUUUUUUUAAGUUUAUUCGUAUUUUUUAAUCUAUUGCUGGUGUUAUAGCUGUUGCUGCUGCUGUUAUCUUUAUAUUUCAUCUUUCCUGCAAGCAGCUCAAGGUGACAAACGUAGCUCUCUGCCCAUUGCUUUACAACUUGAUAGAAGUUUAUAAAAUCACACAUGGCAUGCAGAAAGAGGCUAGAGAAAAGUUUUUCUCCCUCUCUCAUAACAUUAGAACUCACAGACGUUCAGUGAAGAUGAAUGAUGUGAGAUCCAGGACAGAUGAGAAAGUUCUUCACAGAGUUACGCUAUGAAAUUUGCUCCCACAGGAGGCAGUAAGGACCACCCACAUGGAUGCCUUUAAAAGAGGACAUAGUCAUGGAGGAAAAGGCUAUCGGCUAUCAAUGGUUAGUAGUCACCAUGGUUAUGAUCUGACUCCAUUGUUGGAGACCAUAACAGUUCUGAAAACCAGUUGUGGAAGCCACAGGAGGGGGAGAGCGCUGAUGAGCUCAGUUCCUGCUUAUGGGCCUCCCAUUGACCCAUCUGGUUGGCCACCUUGAGAACAGGAUCCUGGAUUAGAUUGGCUACUAGCCUGAUCUGGCAGGCUCUUCUCGUGUUCUUAUACAAGGUUCUCAGGCUCUAGGAACCUGGUAAGCAGUAUUGGACUCAAACUAUGUUGGCAGCCUCAUAUAUCCAGCCACUUAGAGUGUGGUGCUGAUAAUGCCAAGGUCGCAGGUUCAGUCUCUGUAUGGGACAGUUACAUAUUCCUGCAUCGAAGGUGAUUGGGCCAAAUGAUCCUCAGGAAACCUUCCAACUCUACAGUUCAAUGAUUCUAUUAUUGUGGGUUCGUGGUAUACACAAGCUUUGUGUGAAGAGGGUUCCACGGUCAAUUAUGCUUGGGUCCUGCUUUCUGGUUUUCCUUUGCGGCAUCUGGUUGGCCACUGGGAGAAGAGGAUGCUGGUCUUUCCUUUGAGAUACAUGAGGCUGAGAGAAGGUCACCUACCUAGUGAGAUUCAUGGCUGAGUGGGGAUUUGAACUCUGGUCUGCCAAGCCCUCAACCAGCACCUGAACCACUGCACCAUACUGGUUUACACUGCAACAGCAUCAAAUAAGUGGCCAGCCAACCCCCCCAAAAACAGGCAGCUUGUUUCACCAGACCAGCCUUGGCCAACCUACUGCUUUCCAGAUGCUUUUGACUACAACUUCCAUCAGCCCAGCCAACAUGCCCUUUAGAAAAGGUCACUGCUUUGUGUUAACACCGGUAGAAAGAGGUCCGCUGAGAGACAAGGGCCAUGGGUACCACAAAGAGCUGCAGCAACAGAAGUCAGAUUGAAAGUAAUGGGUCUAAGUUAACCAUGUCCAUUCAGUGGGUCUACUCUGAGUUUGACUAACAUUGGGUGCAAACCAUGAUUUUUAUCCUUAAAAAUAUAUUAGCCUUUUCUAUAACAAAAUGGUGCGAAUCCCCAAAUAAAUGGGUUUAACAUCAGGGCAGCAGAACCAAACACUGUCUUAUUCCUGCAGUCAUGAUGGUGAAUGAGUUUAAAAUGCAAUAUCGCACAUGCUCCAAGAGUAUUUCUUUUUAUUUUCAUCAGGGUUGGCAAACUGCUUUGGGAGGCAUCUCUCUCUCUCUCUCUCUCUCUCUCUCUCUCUCUCUCACACACACAGACAGAGAGAGAGAGAGAGAGAGAGAGAUGGGAAACCACAGGCCUGAGGACCAAAUCUGGCCCUCCCGGCUUCUCUAUAGGCCUUAGCACUCUCCACAGCCAUAACCAAACCCCUCACCAGCCCUGAGUGGUUUUGCCUAACUACGGUAGGUAGACUGUGUCAUUGAGCUCUGCUAAUACCUCCUGUUUGCCUGAAUGGAGGGAAUGAAAAUCUGUUUAGGAAUCAGCGUUCUCCACAAAGGUAAAAUUUACAUCCGUUACUCCACCCACUUUUACCUCUGGCCCCACCUGCCACUGGUAUAUGGCCUCCCAGAAGGUUGUUUAGAGCACAAUGUGGCCCUUGAGCUAAAAAAAAGUUCCCCACUCCUGCUCUAACCUAUCAGGAAAGUAAAAGCAGGGUGGCAAGAGAAGUGUUUCUUAUGUGCAUCUCACAACUAAUACACGCAGCUGUCUGAAGGAGGCCACCAUCAGGUUAUUAAGACCAGGGUCCAAACUUUCCUGGCUGCAUUCCUAGCUGCAGCACAUAGCUAAAGGCAGAACCAUGGGGGCAAGUCACACUAGUAUGGAGACACGGCGCUUGCAUGCUGAGCAGCCUAGCUGGGCGGAUCCUUGCUCUGCUUGUGUAUUGUCUGCAGGGCAGCUUGGAAUCUCUCCCAGUGCUGGCCGGGAGAUGAAAGCAGAGGAAUAAUCCCUGCAAUGAGAUUAUUAGAUUGAAGGUUUAAUCCCUGAACCUGCCUGUACAAGAAAACAGCCUCUCUCCUGCUGAAUUUGGCUUCCGGAGACUGAGUUAUACAGAGAAGGAAGCCAUCCUUUGGUCUGCAGAAUGGGAGGGCAACUCUCACACUCUGGCUUAUUCCCAUUUUGGCUAAGGCUUGUCCAAUAAUACUUGGGCAGGUACAGGAGGGCUGGGUGGCUGCACCGCCAGCGGAUGUGAACUGUGCAUUAUAAUGUAUGUUGCAAGUAGAGCACGUCAUUGAAGGCCAGCAGGCCCAGUGGUAUCAGCACCUAAAAGGGUUGCAGCUGAGGACGAUACCUGGCCGAGUCCAAGGACAGUUGCUGCUGCUCUGAGUAAACCAGCCUUCGCUAGCUUAGUGCCUUCUAGAUGUUUUGGACUACAACUCCCAUCAUUCCUUGCCAGCAACAGUCAGGGAUGCGCUUGUUACAGAGGGGGCCUCUUGGUCGUUCCACUGUCCUCAGGAUCUCAAGGGCUAGUGGCCCAUGAGAGGACAUCCUCUGUGCCACCCCGUUAGUUGUGCAAUGCUCUCCCCCCAGAGGUGCAUCGGGUGUCUUCACAGUACAGCUUUUGUCAUCAGCUGAAAACAAACCUCUUUCUGCUGGCCUUUCCCACUAGAGAGGUGUAUUUUUAAGACCCACCCUGUUCUUGUUAUUCUGAUUUGUUUCAAACUGUUUUUAAUAUUGCAUUUUUAGUUGUUGCGACCUGUCGCGGGACCCCGGUGUGAAGGGUGCGUAAUAAAUCAAAGUAAUAAUAAUAAAUACAUCUAGAGUGGGGGUUUCCAAAGUGGGCAGUAUUUGCAUUCCCAGGGGGCGGUGGGUUUACCUAGGGAGGUGAUAAGAAUCAGACAGGUGGCAGCAGAGUUCUGGAGGUGUAAAUGGCUUUCAGACUUUGAAAAUCACUGGAUGAAGUUUGUCAUUUUUGUUGAAUUGAUAACACUUACUGGAUUUUGAAUAAAUGUGCAUUAAUUGUUGCUGUUUUGAAUGUUAUGGUGCAAUUAUCUUCCUUAGUGGGCCGUGCAAACUGUUGUUCUGGAUAUUUUUCAUAGGGUAGGGUAGAGGCAGUGCUUUUUUUCUGGGGGUACUCAAGGGUACACAGCCCUGCACAUCACCACCACCCCGUGUUUAAAGCAUGGGACUUACUGUAACAACUUCAUGGUGAGUACAGUGAUACCUUGGGUUAAGAACUUAAUUCGUUCUGGAGGUUUGUUCUUUACCUGAAACUGUUCUUAACCGGAGGUACCACUUUAGCUAAUGGGGCCUCCUGCUGCUGCCGCUGCGCCACCAGAGCACGAUUUCUGUUCUCAUCCUGAAGCAAAGUUCUUAACCCGAGGUACUAUUUCUGAGUUAGUGGAGUCUGUAACCUGAAGUGUCUGUAACCCGAGGUACCACUGUACUGGCGCUUCCCCCUCCCCCAAAAAGAGCACUGAAUAGAGGGCAGUGGGGAUGAGCUUAUGGAACCAAGUGGGCAACAGCUUGAAAAAGCUUGCAAACCACUGCUCUAGCGAGCAGACAAUACAAGGUUAGCUGGGCCGAUGAUCAGCUCCACAAGAAGACAGUUUCACGACACAUGUAAGAGCUGCAGUUGAGUUAUGGUCCCCCCACCCCUUUUCAGUUAUUUUACCAUCAGAAAGAACGUGGGGUGGGACUCUGCUGCAUUUAGAAUAUAUCAGCCAGGAGUUGGAGCCUCUUACCUGCAUAACCAGGGAUUUCUAGUUUAGAAAGAAAAGGCCCAGGAGCUCCUUGAUCCAUGUUGGAGGUAGAGGGCUGUCAUCUUUUUUGCCCAGUGGUUGGGCUGGCAUCAAGGCUCAGCGUGGUCCAGCACCUGCCAGGAGAGCUUACACCCCAGCAGCAGGACCUGUCGACAAGAUCCUGCUCCUCCCCUCCACCCCUUGCAGCCUGCUUGCUUGGUUCAUCCACUUCUUACUCUGACCCAGACUGUAGCAGUGGUGAAAGGAGGGUCAGAAGAUGCCCCUGGUCUGCUUGCUGACUCACUGGGCUCUGCCUGGCAAGCAAGCAAGUAGUACCAAUGAUGAUCAGGAGGAGAAGCAGCAACUGGUGAUUGCAACACCCUGAGGAGCAGUUAGGCUCUCUUAGCAAAGGGGUCCAUGGAUGGUAUCUUGCUGACAGGCCCUCCGGAACCUGAAGUGCCUCAGCUUCUUCAGACCUGGGACUCACUUUUAGCCCAAACGUUCAUUUGAGGACUUGCUUCUUAAUUCAUUGCUUUUUAAAAACCAUAUAUUUCCAUGUGGAGGCUGUGAUUGAGCUUAGGUUAAGCUGAGACCCGUCUGUGGGUUCUGAUCCACCAGCUGAAAAGAUCAUUGGCCCAGGGCAGGCAUGGGCAGACCUCAUGCUUGUCAGAUCUACUCAGGGAUUGGUUUCCCCCCUACUAGAAACCCAAGAUGUACCUUACAGCAUCAGGUGGGAAAGACUUAAAGCACAUCUCCCCAUGUGCCUCUGCAAUAAAUCCUGGGAACUGUAGUUUAUACACUGUAGCUCUAUGUCUGCUUCCCUCCCCCCCCCCACUUUGUUCUGCUGCCACCAAACCCUAUAGGGUCUUGAGGUUUACUUAGGGGGCUGGAUCAGGCCCCCAGGCUGCUGGUUAGCUACCCCUGCAAUAGAGAGUUCUUCUAAGGAGAUAUGCUCAGGAUUGUGCUGCCUGGUGUGUUGUGACUGCCACUAGAAUGGGCAACAGAUCAACGUGUGCUAACAUGCUUCCUCUGCUAUCUGUGGCAUCAGGCAAGUGAUAGCUGUGACUGCUGGAAUUUACUUUGGUUAUGCCAGGCUCUAAGGCUGCCUUGGAAAUGUGACCCCUGGCAUCAAGCUUGCUGGUUUCAGACAGAACUUCUGCCCCACCCAUUACUCAGAAACUGGAGUGGAAAUAAUUCAAAAGAAUCCCAGAAACUGUAGUUUAAGGGUGCUUGGGAUUGUAGCUCUGUGAGAAGGAAACUACAGUUCCCAUGAUUUUUUUGGUGUGUGUGUGUAUAUGUGUGUGUGUGUGCUUUAAAUAUAUGGUGUGGAUGCAGCCAGUGAGGCAAAGGACAUGUUAGUACCCUUUCCCCCCAUUUUGAUGUACAGAAGCCAAGUGGACUGGCAGCUGAUUCUCUCUUUGGCACUAGCAAAGCGAGCAUCCUCCAUGGCACCUAAGGGCUAUUGGUUAGUUUGUGCAGCACACACAGCUGUGUGUUUCAACAGAGGGAUAAAGAGGAACAGAUGGGGAGGGGCUGCCUUUUCCUCAUCAGAGGAGCCCUGAUGGAUCUGGUCAGUGGUCCAUGGAGUCCAGCCUCCUGUUCUUGGAGUGGCCAGCCAGAUGUCUUGCAAAUGGAACCUGAGCAAAACAGCACUCUUCCACCUGGGAUUCCCAGGAUUGGCAUUUGGGGGCUUUUACUGCCUCUGACAAUGGAGGUAGGACAGAGCCACCAAGGCUUUCCUCCUCCUCCUCCUCCUCCUCCUCCUCCUCCUCCUCGCACCUGCUGUCUCAAGCAGUUGUCUAAUGGUAGGGCCGGCUCCAUCGCUGUUGCCAUCCCCACUGCCUCAAGCCACCUCUCCUCCUCCCACAGAAGAGCCAGGCCUACCAAAGUCUUGCUCUUGUUAUUUAUGUUUUGCAUUUCAAAGGUAUAUUUGCUCUCAUUAACAUAACCGCAGGGAGACACAAGAACAUUCCAGGGAGGCUAUAAAUAACUCAACACAGAUGAUUAACAACACAAGGAGGCAUGAGGCCAAUACACAGUCAGUUCACCAAGGAAAAGAGUGCAAUCCGUGGCAGGCACCAAUCCCAGGUGGCUUUUUGCCAUAAGCCACCAGUUUGAGAGAACCCCUUCCUUCUCUUUCACCUUUGCAGUGCUUGCCGGAAGAGUCAAGGCAGGGAAAGAGUUGUCACCUUCGCUUGCAAACGUGGCUGGUCCUGGAGCCCAGCGUCACCCAGGAACGCUUCCAGUUGCUGGAGAUCGUCUUUUUUCACAGUGUGGAAGGGUGA